AUACACUAAGUUGACUGUGCCUUUAAUUAAACAGCUUGGAAAAUUCCAGAAAAUGAUGCCAUGGCUUUAGAAGCUUCUGAUAGGCUAAUUGACAUAAUUUGAUUCGAUUGGGGCUGUACCUGUGAAUGUAUUUCAAGGCCUACCUUCAAACUCAUUGCCUCUUUGCUUAACAUCAUUGGAAAAUCAAAAGAAAUCAGCAAAUACCAUCUACAUGGGUAUUUAGAAUAAUUUACACUAAGCGUAUAAAAUUUAAGAACACCUUACUAAUAUUGAGUUGCAACUGUCCACUUUUUGCCCUCGAAAGAGUCUCAAUUCAUCAGGGCAUGGACUCUACAAGGUGUCAAAAGCGUUCCACAGGGAUGCUGUCCCAUGUUGAUUCCAAUGCUUCCCACAGAUGUGUCAAGUUGGCUGGAUGUCCUUAGGAUGGUGGACAAUUCUUGAUACACAAGUUAAUCUGUUGAGCGUGAAAAACCCAGGAGCGUUUAAGUUCUUGACGCAAACUGCACCUGGCACCUGCUACCAUACCCCUCUCAAAGGCACUUCAAUCUUUUGUCUUGCCCAUUCACCCUCUGAAUGGCACACAUACACAAUCCAUGUUGAAUUGUCUGAAGGAUUAAGAAUCCUUCUUUAACUUGUCCUCUCUCCUUCAUCUAAACUGAUUGAAGUGGAUUUAACAGGUGACAUGGAAGGAUAUACCUGAUUUACCUGGUCAGUCUAUGUCAUGGAAAGUUCUGAAUGUUUUGUACACUCAGUUUGUAUUGGAUAUAUUUUGUUUGUGUUUCCACAGUUCAGCCCAGAGCCACAUUGAGAAUCUCUCCUCAGGGUCUCCUCUACUCUGUAGAUACUGUCACUCUGCAGUGUGACAUACCAGACUACACAGACUGGACAUACUACUGGUACAUAAACAACCAACCAGGUUACAGUACACAUGGUAAAACCAUCACCAUCUCUCUCCCCGACCAGGCUGGUCAGUACCAGUGUCUAGGGACCAGGACAGAUCGGCCCCAGAAGUCUCAACUCAGCAAAGCCCUCUCUAUCCAGCUCACUGCUCUGCCCACGGCCUCAGUGAGUAUCUCUCCUCAGGGUCUCCUCUACUCUGGAGAGACAGUCAGCAUGCAGUGUGACAUAUCAAUGUACACAGACUGGACGUACAGCUGGUAUAUAGGCAACAACCUCGAUUCCAGUACGCCUGGUAAAACCAUCACCACUCUGUCUAACCGAGCUGGUCAGUACAGAUGUGUUGGGGUAAGGACAAGUCGGCCUCAGUGGUCUCAAUUCAGUGUUUUCCUCCCCAUCAGAGUCACUGGUGAGUUCACUAAUGAUGCUCCAUCACUAACUUGUCGUAGUGUGUAUCAGGACACUGGAUCUUUCCACUCAAACCUAUUGCAAUACCAACAGAUUAUCAGCCGUCGACUACACUGACUUCAGACAAAGAGGACGUAUUCACAGGAGACAGAGUGACACUGAGCUGUACUGUAGAGUCUCCUGGAUGGAAGUUUUACUGGUACAGACACAGACUAGACUUUACACCAGUAACCACAACCUCUGGAUACUCCUACACACUCAGCUGGGUCAGUGUCUCUGAUGGAGGACAGUACUGGUGCAGAGCUGGGAGAGGAGACCCAGUCUACUACACCCAGUACAGUGACCCAGUCCAGAUACAUGUUACUGGUAAACCCAAGGCUGUCCUGAGAAUCUCUCCUCAGUGGCUGAACCCUGGAGACUCAGUGGCUCUGAACUGUAAAGUUGACAAGACGUCUACAGGCUGGAGGUUCUCCUGGUACAGAACUGUUCCCUACAGAGCGGGGAUACCCUCCCUAUCAGACAAGUCUUACUCUCUACAGCCCCUAUCUGACAAUGGGACUAGUGAAGACUCCUACACUCUGAUCCCUGCUGGUCCUACUCCCACAGGAGGAUAUGUGUGUAGAGGUGGGAGAGGAGACCCAGUCUAUUACACACACUACAGUGAACCUCAGUUUCUCUGGUCAGGAGAUCUGCAGCCUUCAGUGUUUCUCAGAAUAAGUCCCAACACAACUCAACACUUUACAUCAAUGUCUCUCUAACUGAGCUGUGAGCUGAAGGGGAACCCUACUGGAUGGAGACUGAUGGGAUACACAGAGAGAGGAGUAGAGUCAGGGUGUGUCUCUAACUGGGGAUCAAUAACAGGGUCUACAUGUACCAUCAGCUACACAUUCACAUGGCACAGUGGAGUGUUCUGGUGUGAGUCUGGAUCAGGAGAGAACAGUAAUGCUGUCAACAUCACAGUGGAUGAUGGUGAUGUGAUCCUGGAGAGUCCUGUCCAUCCUGUGACUGAAGGAGACUCUGUGACUCUGACCUGUACAUUUAGACAUCAGGGAACAAAUCCUAAACCCAAGACUGAUUUCUACAAAGAUGGAACACUCAUCAAGAAUGAGACCACAGGAGAGAUGACCAUCCCUGCAGUAUCCAAGUCAGAUGAAGGAUUCUACACAUGCAAAUACCCUGACAAGGGAGAAUCACCAAAGAGCUGGAUGACAGUGAGAGCCGUAGCUCCUGGAUCCUCUAUACCAGUCCUAGUAGGAGUGGUUGUGGGUCUGGUUGUUGCUGGUGUUCUACUGGUCAUUCUCCUCGUCCUGCUGUGGAGAUUUAAAAACGCCAAAGGAUCCUGUUUUAACAGAAUAUUCUUACACCCCCAGCCACAGUGCACCAACCAGGACCCCCAACAGGACCAAGGAUCUACCCAGGGUCAGGCUCCUAAUGCUGGGUAUACAUGUCUGCAGCAUGGUGGUGUUCACAUCUACGAUACGAUCAAUCCCUCAGACAACUACAAUAAUGAUGCUGCUGCUCCACCAAGUCAUGUGACGUACGCCCAGAUUCAACUCACAAAGUUGGACAAGAAAAAGAAUGAAAAGCCAGCUGAUCCAAAAGAAAGUCCAGUCUACUCUGACGUGAAGACAGGAAAGGCCACAAGUCCUUGAGGGAGAUGGAGGGAUAAAUAACUCUGUGUGGUGAUAUGUUACAGGUCCUUGAGGGAGAUGGAGGGAUAAAUAACUCUGUGUGGUGAUAUGUUACAGGUCCUUGAGGGAGAUGGAGGGAUAAAUAACUCUGUGGUGAUAUGUUACAGGUCCUUGAGGGAGAUGAAGGGAUAAAUAACUCUGUGUGGUGAUAUGUUACAGGUCCUUGAGGGAGAAGGAGGGAUAAAUAACUCUGUGUGGUGAUAUGUUACAGGUCCUUGAGGGAGAAGGAGGGAUAAAUAACUCUGUGUGGUGAUAUGUUACAGGUCCUUGAGGGAGAAGAAGGGAUAAAUAACUCUGUGUGGUGAUAUGUUACAGGUCCUUGAGGGAGAAGGAGGGAUAAAUAACUUUGUGUGGUGACAUGUUACAGGUCCUUGAGGGAGAAGGAGGGAUAAAUAACUUUGUGUGGUGAUAUGUUACAAGUUCUUGAGGGAGAUGGAGGGAUAAAUAACUUUGUGUUGUGAUAUGUUACAGGUCCUUGAGGGAGAAGGAGGGAUAAAUAACUUUGUGUGGUGAUAUGUUACAGGUCAUUGAGGGAGAAGGAGGGAUAAAUAACUUUGUGUGGUGACAUGUUACAGGUCCUUGAGGGAUAAAUAACUUUGUGUGGUGACAUGUUACAGAUCCUUGAGGGAUAAAUAACUUUGUGUGGUGAUAUGUUACAGGUUCUUGAGGGAUAAAUAACUUUGUGUGGUGACAUGUUACAGGUCCUUGAGGGAUAAAUAACUUUGUGUGGUGACAUGUUACAGGUCCUUGAGGGAGAAGGAGGGAUAAAUAACUUUGUGUGGUGACAUGUUACAGGUCCUUGAGGGAUAAAUAACUUUGUGUGGUGACAUGUUACAGGUCCUUGAGGGAGAAGAAGGGAUAAAUAACUUUGUGUGGUGAUAU